AUGGACACUUCCACGUCUUCCAGGUCGGCUUCGGUGCAGCCUUCGGAGACCUCCGUCCCCGAGCCCUGCAGCGCGCCCUCGGAGAAGUACCUCCUCUUGGACACGGAGGACGAGCUUGAGCUGCAUGCGGAUGACAAAGCGUUGAACGUGUCCGAGCAGGUGGGCCCCUGCCUCCCGUCCCUGUGGCGCACGAACGCUCUUCUUCUGGUGUGCUCGGUGGCCUUCUUCGUCGCAAUCUACAGCACCAGGUCCUGCGUGGAUGGCAGCACCUAUCCCAUGCCGCCGAACUGGGUUUGGCUCGCCUUCUUCGUGCCGGUGCUGCUUCAUCAGCUUUGGGCAGAGCAGGAGGCUGUGGAAGUCCUUCUGCCAUGCUACAAGCGCCACAUGAAUCUGCACCGCCUCGAAGACGGCUUCUCGCUCAUGGGCCUCUUCCCAUCCUCGGAGGCCUGGUGGCUUCGCGUGCAGCAGCUGCUUCUGCUCAUGAGCUCCGUGGACGUCUUCACCGACACCUACUUUGCCAGCACCAUGGGCCUGGGAGGCACCAAUGCCUGCUCACAUGGAAGGACGCAAGAGAUUUGGAACUUCUGGUGGAGGCAGAGUAUCUUCAGCUCGCUGCCCUUCGUGGUUCCCCUAGACGUGCUGAUCUCGGCGUCCUGGACCUUGAUGCUCUUGCACCUUGUCGUGGCCUGCGCCACCAUGGUCCGGAAGAAGGGGCCCGGCGACAGAGGUGACGACGCCCCUGCUGUCCUGCAGUGA